CAGUAUUACCCCACCAUUGGUGAUUUGUGCAUAACUAUUUAUGUAGAUUGCUGGUGACCCCACAUUCAGCAGUUGCCCGAAUGCGAUGGACCACGUGAAGUUGCAGCAGUACCCCUGUCCGGAGGCAGUGCUCGAACUGGGCCCCAUUUGCCCAGUCACCUGCGAUCUCCUCACGACCUGCAUGGCUCACCCCGAACAGGUAUCGGCCGAGGGCCGCCGCUUCGCCGCUAAGUUCGUCUUCCAAAGAGCCAUGGAGACUGUUCUCAACGUUGAUGCGGCAGUCGAGGUGGCCACCACAGUCAUGGCAAAAGAGGAGAACGACCCAGUCUUCACAACGAGACUGACCAGUUGCUUGGAUCUUACCUACAUCGAACGCGAGAACCUCAUACCUAUGAAACACAUCAACGUCACUCAUUUCAUCAAGCGACUCUACACUGUUCUCAAAAAUCGAAAAGUAUCCGUCAGAAUCUUCAACACCGAACUACCAACCUAUUUUCUGAACUGUAUGCUGACUUGGUGUCAUAGUUGCUUUGAGAAGCCCAAUCUCUAUUCAGUAUCAGCAAUGGAUGCAUUUCAUGGUAUAAUUAAUAGAAACACGGCAUUAGUCAUGCGCAAGAAGUUCCCACGUAGAACAACACGACUGAGAGGUUGUAUUGCGAAAGCAGUGUCUCGUGGCCCUCUACAGAAAGGAGUCCGACUUCUAAUGUGGGAGAUCCUACAAUUUUUCCCCAGGGAUGACUAAAAUAGAAGGAGACUUCGAAUGAAGAUAUUCUCUUGGAAUUCAGAACUAGUUUUUGAACUUAUCGAUACUAUUAAUUAAGCUUUAUGAUACCGGUAAUUUGAGAUUUAACUGUAAUUUAAAUACCAAAUAAUGAAUUAUUGUCUAGGAAGGAAAAUAAACAAUUUUCCUACUAAUUAUCAUCUCAAUAAGAAAUUAGAAUUAACAAAAUUAUAAUAAUUCACUAUUCUCGAAGACCAGAAGACUGAAAAAUUGGGAUUCCCAAGAAUUAAAACUGAGCUUUCCCAUAGACAAAUUAAUUUUUAAAUAUAAGCUAAUUAUUAUAGAAUACGUAUUGUUAAAAAAAUAUAUCGCUUUGUUCUUAUGUAAUUUGAUCUCAGAAUACUCAAACCGCUCGCUGUUUAUUGGUUCAGUCUAUUAAGAAAAAUGUGAAUUUACUGUUAGUAAUAUCAUCAAGAUUUGAUAAUUUCAUUUUGUUUUAAUGCUCAACUUGUAAAUUGUUUUCUAUUUCCACUAUAAAAUGAGCCAACGAACAAGAACUAGGUAACUUUCAAGUUUUGGAAAAUGUAUCUGAACCUGCAGUCAUACUACUAGUCUUGAGUUAUUUAUUCCUAUCUUACUAGUCUUGAUUAAGUUAUUUACAGUUCAGGCUAAGCAACAGGGCUUAUUGAGUAACGUUUUCCUUGGUCAACGACGUAAUUUUGUCAUUUUAUCAACGAGAUAAUCAUAAUAAUUAAAUUACUGCACUACUUACAGCAUUAGGUAUAUUAUAGGCUAAUUUUUAU